UUGUUACAUAAAAAAUGUCGUUUUAUAAUUUCAAUACAAUUUAUUUUUAUUUUUAGUUUAAUAUUAAUUAUAAAAUGUAUUGAUCUUAUAAAUAAAUUUAUUUAUUUAAAAUGCUAUUGGUUAAGUAGAUGACAUUAAUGAAAACAUGAAUGCAUUUAUUGAGUUUUUUAAUGUAUGAAAAAUGUAUAGGUGACACUCUUUGUAAAACGGAGAGAAUAAAGUUUUAUGAGAAAAUAUUUUUACCUCUAUGUUUAAUAACUCACAGAUUUCGCAUACUUUCCUAUAAAUGACAGAUUUCUUAUUCUCAUUAAAAGCUAAAAGAAAACAAUGAAAACAAAGUUAUUAAAGAAAGUAAUAAAUGUUUUCAUUUAUAAAUACUACUACCACACAAAAAAAAACUAUAUUCCAAACCAGUAAAAGGCAUCCAUGGUAUUCUUAACAAACCGUCACCUCAUUUUCGUGUUAAUAACAUAUCUAAUUAUUUUAAGAACUUCUUUAUCACUUGAACACUCUGUCAAUGGAGAUGUGCCAUUCUUACCUAAACAUGUUAUGAUCACUAACAAAUUGGUCACACGUGAAGGAAUGGUCUUGCACUGCAGGAACAAAGGGAAAGAUUUAGGCUUUAAAGCGAUAUUAGCUGAUGAAAGUUUCGAUUUCAGGUUUCAUCUUAAUAUACGCAGAACAGCCGUGUAUACUUGCACUUUCUCGUGGCAUGGAAACGUAAAGAGAUUUGACAUUUUUAGAGCUGAUAGAGACGAUAAUCCAAGAAGUACGUGUGGUAUAUGCAGAGAAUGUAUUUGGCAUAUAUCUGAGUCAGGUCCAUGUCGUAUGAAACGCGAUGGAGGCUCUCCUUACUGUUUUCCAUGGGCUUCUUAGUCAUAUCAAAAUAUUUAUUGUAUCUUUCUUUCAUAUCAAGAAAAGAAAUAUUUCUUUCGUAUUGUUGUGUUAUAAAUGAAAUAAAUAAAUCGGUUUGCAAUUUGAAAUCA